CUCUCUCUCUCUCUCUCUCUCUCUCUCUCUCUCUCUACUGUUAUUCUAAUCUAUUUUUAUUUCUACUUAGCACCUAUCACCCUCUGUAAACGGAAUACAGUUAAUUUCGAUGACUGUUUAAAAACUGCGAUACAGGAAGCGUGGCCACAAUUUGUUACAGGUCUUCCAGAAUUCGAUUCUCCACCUUUGGAUCCAUUAUUUUAUGAAUAUGGUAAAGCAGUAUUUGAUAAAGGUGAAGUACAUGGAAUAGUAAACGUAUCAAAUUUCAUUAGUGAGGGUUUAGCAAAAACAAGUUUUUUGGGUGUGAGAUCGCAUUUUGCCGACGAAGUUUUUCGCUUGAAUAUUAACGUACAAAUACCAAAAAUAGUUGGUACUGGUGAACUUGAAACAGAAUGUAUUCUAGCAGGGAUCAGAAUAAGUGGCAAAGGGCCAUUCAAUAUAACUAUGGAAGGUCUGCAAGGUGAAUGGAUUAUAAAAGGCCACGUAACAAAUGAUACAUGGACUGUAGAAGAUUUUUAUGCAGCUCCUGCGGUUAAAAAACUCACGCUCUACUUUGAUAUACUCGACAAUAAAGAAUUCAAUGACUUUGUCGUGAAUUUUAUAAAUGCAUUUUGGCCGUCACUAUAUCGAGCAAUGUUGCCAACAGCAGCAAAAACGUGGAAUCCGUGGAUGUGUGACUUGGCCAAUCGCUUCUUUUCGAAAGUUUCUUUUACGAAAAUAUUUCCAUAAUACUUAUAUACUUUUUGAGAUACUUAUUAUAAAAUAAAUUUAGAUUUUGCAAAAAAUUUAAUAUACAUUCAAUCAUGCAAAUGCCAAAAUUAAGUCAAAUAACAAAAAUGUUAAAUUUCUCAAAUUGUAAGUUACAUAUAAGUAAUCGGCUAUUUGUAAGUCACAUGUGUAAUUGUAUCGCACGGUUUUAAUGAUCAAACUAAUAAAUGUUGCAAUA